AUGACAGCAGAGUCAAACCGUCAAAUUCCAAACUUCACCCAGUGCUCCCCGACCAAAGAAGACCUCGACUACGUUGAUCUUGUCAGCCUCGAUUUUUCGAACUUCAAUGACGAUAGCACCCGCCAGCAACUAGCUGCGAAUCUCUUGAAAGGAGUCACUCGUCAUGGAUUCCUAACUAUUACCAACCACGGCAUUCCCGACGCCCUCUACUCCUCCCAAGUCGAUCUAGCACAUGCCCUCCUUACUCUCCCACCAGAGGAGAAGUGGCCCUUCGAAACGACACUCGAGCAAGAGAAAAAGGGACUAAACAUUGGCUUCAAGCCUUCGGGAAGUCAAAAGCAUAAGGAGGGGUUUCACAAGACCGUGGAUCAUUACAAUUUCCUGGCGACUAAGGAUUCCCGCAACGAUGAACACCCCAGGCUUUUGCACUCGCAACUUGCUCAAGUCGAGAAGCUCAAAAGUCAUUUUCGUCAACAUUUGAUGCCCAAGCUUCUGGCACUUGUAGCAAUAAUACUCGAGAUCCCAGAAGAGCAUCUUCUUUCCACACACGCCUCGGGUACACAACCAUGCUCGGAGUACCUACGAUACCUGCUGUAUAAUCCGCGCCCUACAGAAAGUGGGACACAAUAUCGAGACCUAUGGCUGGGAGGACAUACCGAUCUGGGUUCCUUCACAAUUCGCUUCUCUCAACCGGUGUCAUCGUUACAGAUCCAACUUCCAUCUGGUAAUUGGAAGUGGGUGCGCCACGUUCCCGGGACCCUCAUCGUCAAUGUCGGCGAAGCAUUGGAACUGCUCACAGGUGGACUCUUUCGGGCUACUGUACAUAGAGUUGUCAAACCGCCAUCAGACCAGGAGAGAGCGAAGAGACGGGGUAUCAUCUACUUCGCCAGGCCGAUGGAUGACCAAGGGCUUCGACCCCUCGACAGUCCCUUGCUUCAGACACUGGGCCUUCAUGAACCAUUGGACGAGAAGAUUUACACAAUGUCACAAUACCUUCAUGCGAGAAAGCAUGGAUACAAGAGAUUAGACUUUGCUCAGUCCCGGUCAAGGUGGGAGGGAGUAGGGGGCGAUGGAGGUUUACUGCAUGGGGAGCAUGCACCCCAGCCUCUUCAUGGUCUAGAGCUUGCAACUUGA